AUGAUCCGCAAGGAGUGUUAUGUUAGUCCAGCAGUGAUGGAGGAAUUGAAGCGGAUAAUUGUGGAGAGUGAAAUCCUUUCCGAAGACGACGCCGCUUGGCCAGAUCCCGAUCGAGUUGGCAGACAGGAGCUGGAAAUUGUAUGUGGAGACGAACACAUUUCAUUCACAACAUCAAAAAUCGGAUCCCUUAUUGACAUAACUAAUAGCAAGGACCCUGAGGGAUUGCGGACUUUUUACUAUUUGGUGCAAGAUCUGAAGUGUCUGGUAUUCUCGUUAAUCGGCUUGCAUUUCAAGAUCAAACCGAUCUGA